AAAAAAAAAACCUAAAGUCAGUAACAGCUUGGCUGAGAAGGGAGGGAGGGCAGGCUCCUGACAUCAUGGGUGGCCUCUCUGUCACUUCCCAGUCAUAAUCUUUUCUCCUGGGGUCUGGGUAUCUCACUUUCCUGAUUUUAGAUUCUACUUGACACACCUGGCAUUAUCAGUCCUGUUAAACAGAAGAGGCACCAUCUGGAGCUCUCUUUGUUGGAAGAUCCAUGGAAGAGCAUGGAAUCUGCUGAUCUUGUUGUGGUUCUUGUGGAUGUCUCAGACAAGUGGACUCGGAACCAGCUCAACCCCCAGUUGCUCAGGUGUUUGACCAAGUUCUCCCAGGUCCCUAGUAUCCUGGUCAUGAACAAGGUAGAUUGUCUGAAGCAGAAGUCAGUUCUCCUGGAGCUCACGGCAGCCCUCACUGAAGGUGUGGUCAAUGGCAAAAAGCUCAAGAUGAGGCACGCCUUCCACUCACACCCUGGCACCCAUUGCCCCAGCCCAGCUGUUAAGGAUCCAAACACACAAUCUGUGGGAAGCCCUCAGAGGACUGGCUGGCCACACUUCCAGGAGAUCUUCAUGUUGUCAGCCCUAAGCCAGGAAGAUGUGCAAACCCUAAAGAAAUACCUCCUAGCACGGGCCCAGCCAGGGCCCUGGGAGUAUCACAGUGAAGUCCUUACUAACCAGACACCAGAAGAGAUCUGUGCCAACAUCAUCCGAGAGAAGCUUCUAGAGUACCUGCCCCAGGAGGUGCCUUACAAUGUGCAGCAGAAGACGGUAGUGUGGGAGGAAGGACCGAGCGGGGAGCUGGUUAUCCAACAGAAGCUUCUGGUGCCCAAAGAAUCUUAUAUGAGGCUCCUGAUUGGUCCGAAGGGCCACAUGAUCUCCCAGAUUGCACAGGAGGCAAGCCGCGACCUCAUGAACAUCUUCCUCUGUGAUGUUGACAUCCACCUCUCUGUGAAGCUCCUCAACUGACCACCUUCUACUGACCCUCCCAGGGCAUCCCAGCUCAAGCUGCUGGCAGGAACUGACCAGAUCGGUCCUUGGCAGGGAACCCUCCAGGAACUAGUGAGGGACAUGAACACUGACUGGCUGCCAGCUGGAGUGGCCCUACUGAGUCUGCACAGUCCCUGCCCAGCUCUAUUUCCCGUUGGAAGAAGGAACCUGCCUUAGCUCAGUUCCCAGGUGGUUCCUCUGCCUGGGGCCACAGCUACAGAAGAUGGCCUAUUGGUGGGAGCAGUGUCACCUUGCCUCCAGCUGGCUUUGGGCCCAGAGUUUCUCCCUGAGCCCUUCUUGUGAGCAGGGAGAUCUUUCUCCACCCCUGCUUCUUUCACCUUAAACUUGGGUAUGGACUUGAGUCUCCUGAGUGAGGUAGCGCCUCCCAUCUGCUCCCCAAUUCUUGAUCUCUCCCACCCCAUCCCUCUCCCCACAUCUUGGAUACUAAUAAAGUUAAAAGACAAGCAUUCUGGUU